AUGGGGCCUCGUGCGCAAGCUGAUGCGCGGGAGGAGGAGGAGGACCAGUUGAACUUCCACAACACUCUGCUGCCCGACAUGGACCUGUCCUCGCCCUCCCCUCGCUCCGCUUCGCCGGCCUCCCAGCAGACACGACCACCGAACCCGCGCAGCAGCACCGAUCCGAGCCCGGCGGUGUUACUGCAGGGCUUGUUCAAGGAGAGGGAGAAGCUGGAGUGGGCGAGACCGAGCAGCAGUCACAGGAACAGGAGUCCAUACUCCAGGAGCCAUUUGAGGUCGAGAAGCAGCGGGUCUGCCUUGCUCAGUGCUCCACAGAUGACCAGAGCACACUCGCUGCCUCUUCCGCAACAGCUGCGGCCGUUUGAGCAGCAGUCUGGCUAUUCUUCUGGCAGUCUGAGUCCCAGUCCAAGCCAGCGCUCGCCUGCGCGGACACGGUCACCAUUCAGACAAGGUCAAGAAGACGGCGCCAUGCCUCCUUCGCGCCUACCAGCCUGGUACGACAGCGGCAGCGCAAUCGAAGCCAUACAAGAAGACAGCGAGCUGGACAUUACCCCUCGCCCUUCGUCCGCUCACACCAUGAUCUCACCACUCCCACAACACUCCUCCUCACACUCGCGAUCCAACUCUCUACGGAGACGCCCAGCGUCACCCCUCCACAGCCUCGGAGGAGCACCUCAACAGGCGCCAACUUCCUACCCAGGCAGCACUAUGGAGCCAAACGCACAAUUCAACACUAUUCCAUCCGGCAGUAACAGCCCAGCAUUAGGCCCGCAAAAGUACAACGAGUCUUUCCCAUCUUUGCACCACUACGCCAGUAGCAGCUCUUUUGGCAGCAUUCCGUCCACGCCCACAUCUGCCCGCUCGCGCUCACCUUCCAUCUCCUCCCUUGACACCAUCGAGGACGCGCCAGAAGAGGAGAGUGAAGCUAUAGAAACCGAGCGGAUGGAGCGGCUCAGAAUAGCAGCCGAACGGGCAGAGCAGGGCGAGAGUGACAGCGAAGGCGAAGGCACGGGCAACGGGAGGCGGAAGGGUAGUCUGGACUUGCCGCGUUACAGGAGCGGAACAGGGCUGGGGCGGGAGAAGAAGCGGUGGAGUGUGUGCGGAGGGGAGCGCAGAGCUGAUCUGGACUUGGAGACGAUUUGGGAGGACUAA